GUCACGUUUCCAGGGCGACUAGACCAGUGCACGUGUCCUCUAUAAAUUCGGUAGGCAGUUCCAUUACCUCGUCCAGACACUGCAGCAUCUCACCGCAAAGGUUCACAACUACAACCCAAUCAACAGCAACCAUGUCAGACCUUUGUGUUGGAAUCAAUGGAUUUGGCCGUAUCGGCCGUCUGGUCCUGAGGGCCUGCCUCCAGAAGGGCAUCAAGGUUGUGGCCAUCAACGACCCAUUCAUCGACCUGAAGUACAUGGUCUACAUGUUCAAGUAUGACUCUACCCACGGCCGUUACAAUGGCGAGGUGCGCGAGGACGGUGGCAAGCUGAUCGUUGAUGACCAGGAAAUCUCAGUCUUCCAGUGUAUGAAGCCUGCUGAGAUCCCUUGGGGAGAUUCUGGGGCUCUGUACGUAGUGGAGUCCACCGGAGUGUUCCUCAGCGUGGACAAGGCCUCUUCUCACAUCCAGGGUGGAGCUAAGCGUGUUGUGGUGUCUGCCCCCUCCCCUGACGCCCCUAUGUUCGUGAUGGGCGUGAACGAGGACAAGUACGACCCCUCCAGCAUGAACAUCGUCAGCAACGCAUCCUGCACCACCAACUGCCUGGCACCAUUGGCUAAGGUCAUCCAGGACAACUUUGGCAUUGAGGAGGCUCUAAUGACCACAGUCCAUGCCUACACGGCCACCCAGAAGACAGUAGAUGGGCCGUCUGCCAAGGCCUGGCGUGAUGGGCGUGGAGCCCACCAGAACAUCAUCCCUGCAUCCACUGGCGCCGCUAAGGCCGUGGGCAAGGUUAUCCCCGAGCUCAAUGGGAAGCUUACCGGCAUGGCAUUCCGAGUGCCCGUAGCCGACGUUUCUGUGGUGGACCUGACCUGCCGUUUGACCAGGCCCGCCAGCUACGCUGCCAUCAAGGAGUCUGUCAAGAAAGCUGCUCACGGUCCCAUGAAGGGCAUCCUGGGAUACACUGAGGACUCUGUGGUUUCUUCUGAUUUCAUUGGAGACACUCACUCCUCCAUCUUUGAUGCUGGAGCCGGCAUCUCUCUGAACGACAACUUUGUCAAACUGAUUUCCUGGUACGACAACGAGUUUGGCUACAGCCACCGUGUAGCUGACCUGUUGCUGUACAUGCAUUCCAAGGAGUAACUUCUUGCCUUGCCCACUCUGCAAGAGCAGAAGCCUGCAAAGGGACCAUCCUCACCCUCUUUUACACACAGUCCCAGCAUAGUCAAGCCAUAGUGUCACACCCUUAUAGCACCCCCAGCCCCCACUCUUUACAAGGCUCUCAGAUGUCUAGUAGGAGGCUGUGUGUACGAGUGUUUGUUUUUCCUUUAUGAAACAAUUUCUCUCUGAAUGGUUUUGACUUGACAGUAUUUGUUUCUGUGUCUCCCCUAAGCAUUGCUAUGCUAGUCUUCAUACUGGGUGUUACCAUGUACUAUUGGUGUAAAUGAUUACAGUUCUAGAGAUAAACUAGUAACUGUAAUUCAGCAAAAAAUAACAAAUAAACAUGAAAAAUAUUAAA